CCUUCAGAUGGAGAUGAAGUAGCAGCGGCAGCCGAGCACGAACACAGCCACGACCGAGGAUUAGACCAGGCAGGGGGGACAGGUGACCGAGCAGACCGAGCGAACCGCCGUCCGUCGGUGGAUUUACCGCUGUUCAACCCCCCCACGCCCCCCCCGCUUCCACAGUUCAUGUUCUUCAACUACAUGCAUUUCGACUUGACCAACUAACCCCCGGGACACCAAGAUGGAAAAUGCGCACACUAAAUCAGCCACUGAAGUUUUGGACAACUUCGGUGUGAACGAAAACACUGGACUGACUCUGGACCAGGUCAGAACCAACCUGGACAAAUAUGGACCGAACGAACUUCCAGCUGAAGAAGGUAAAUCCCUGUGGGAGCUGGUGGUGGAACAGUUUGAAGAUCUGCUGGUCCGGAUCCUGCUCCUCGCCGCCUGCGUCUCCUUUGUGUUGGCUCUGUUUGAGGAGGGGGAGGAGACAACCACCGCCUUCGUGGAGCCCGUUGUGAUCCUCCUGAUCCUCAUCGCCAACGCUGUUAUCGGGGUCUGGCAGGUCAGAUCUGUGUCCAAACGCCAUCGAGGCUCUAAAGAGUACGAACCGGGAGGGGGAAGGUUUUACCGCAUGAACCGCAAGGCCGUCCAGAGAAUCAAAGCCAGAGACAUCGUCCCCGGAGACAUCGUAGAGGUGGCAGUUGGAGACAAAGUCCCAGCAGACAUCAGAGUGACGUCCAUAAAGUCCACCACCCUGAGAGUGGACCAGUCCAUCCUCACAGGGGAGUCCGUUUCCAUCAUCAAACACGACCCGGUUCCUGAUCCCAGAGCCGUCAACCAGGACAAGAAGAACAUGUUGUUUUCAGGCACCAAUAUCGCCGCCGGUCGAGCGAUAGGUGUCGUCGUGGCGACUGGCGUCUCCACAGAGAUCGGUAAGAUUCGUAACCAGAUGGCGUCGACGGAGCAGGAGAAGACGCCUCUGCAGCAGAAGCUGGACGAGUUCGGCCAGCAGCUGUCCAAGGUCAUCUCGCUGAUCUGCGUGGCCGUGUGGGUCAUCAACAUCGGACACUUCGGAGACCCCGUCCACGGCGGCUCCUGGGUCCGCGGCGCCAUCUAUUACUUUAAGAUCGCCGUGGCGCUGGCUGUGGCAGCCAUCCCCGAAGGCCUGCCCGCUGUCAUCACCACCUGCCUGGCCCUGGGAACGCGCCGCAUGGCCAAGAAGAACGCCAUUGUCCGCAGUCUGCCGUCGGUGGAGACGCUGGGAUGCACGUCCGUCAUCUGCUCCGACAAAACGGGGACGCUCACCACCAACCAGAUGUCCGUGUGCAGGAUGUUCAUUGCAGAUAAAGUGGAAGACUCCACCUGCGUCCUUCAUGAGUUCUCCAUCACCGGUUCAACAUAUGCCCCCGAAGGACAAGUGUUGAAGGGCGAUCGGCCGGUGCAGUGUUCGGACUACGAUGGACUCCUGGAACUGGCCACCGUCUGCUCCAUGUGCAACGACUCGUCUCUGGACUACAACGAGGCUAAAGGUGUCUAUGAGAAGGUGGGUGAAGCCACGGAGACGGCGCUGACCACGCUGGUGGAGAAGAUGAAUGUGUUCAAGACCGACCUGUCAGGACUGAGCAAAGUGGAACGGGCUGGGGUCUGCAACUCGGUGAUCAGACAGCUGAUGAAGAAGGAGUUCACGCUGGAGUUUUCCAGAGACAGGAAGUCCAUGUCGGUGUUCUGCACCCCUGUCAAACCGGGCUCCCAGAGCAAGAUGUUCGUCAAGGGCGCUCCAGAGAGUGUGAUCGAGCGCUGUCAGUACCUCCGAGUGGGCAGCGGGAAGGUGACGCUGACGCUCUUACGGGACCAGCUCAUGUCCAAGAUCCUGGACUGGGGGACGGGGAGGGACACCCUCCGCUGCCUGGCCUUGGCCACCAUGACAACCCCCCACGGAAAGAAGACAUGGACCGUGGAGAACUCCAGCAAGUUUGUACAGUACGAGUCUGACCUUCGUGGGCUGUGUGGGAUGCUGGACCCGCCCAGGAAGGAGGUGAUUGGCUCGGUGAAACUGUGCAAGGCGGGGAUCCGGGUCAUCAUGAUCACGGGAGACAACAAGGGCACGGCCGUGGCCAUCUGCAGGAGGAUCGGCAUCUUCAACGAGGACCAGGACGUGGCGGGGAUGGCCUACACGGGUCGCGAGUUUGACGACCUCCCGCCCGAAGCCCGAGAAGCUGUCAAACGGGCGCGAUGCUUCGCCCGCGUCGAGCCAGCACACAAGUCUAAAAUCGUGGGAUACCUGCAGUCGUUCGACGAGAUCACGGCCAUGACUGGAGACGGUGUGAACGACGCCCCGGCUCUGAAGAAGGCGGAGAUCGGAAUCGCCAUGGGCUCCGGGACGGCAGUGGCCAAGUCUGCGUCGGAGAUGGUCCUGUCCGACGAUAACUUCUCCACCAUCGUGGCCGCCGUGGAGGAGGGUAGGGCCAUCUACAACAACAUGAAGCAGUUCAUCAGAUACCUGAUCUCAUCCAACGUGGGGGAGGUCGUGUGUAUCUUCCUCACUGCCAUCCUGGGUCUUCCUGAGGCCCUGAUCCCGGUCCAGCUGCUGUGGGUCAACCUGGUGACGGACGGACUUCCUGCCACCGCCCUGGGCUUCAACCCCCCCGACCUGGACAUCAUGGACAAACCUCCCCGCAACCCCAAGGAGCCUCUGAUCUCCGGCUGGCUCUUCUUCAGAUACCUGGCCAUUGGAGGUUACGUGGGUCUGGGAACGGUGAGCGCUGCCACCUGGUGGUACCUGUUCGAUAAGGAUGGUCCACAGGACCUUUAUCAGCUGAGACACUUCAUGCAAUGCACCGAAGAAAACCCCAUGUUCAAGGGCAUCGACUGCGAGGUGUUUGAGUCACGUUACCCCACCACCAUGGCGCUGUCCGUCCUGGUCACCAUCGAGAUGUUCAACGCCCUCAACAGAACCAGUCCCCUGCUCCGGAUGCCUCCAUGGGUCAACAUCUGGCUUCUGGGGGCCAUCAUCCUGUCGCUGUCACUGCAUUUCCUGAUCCUCUACGUAGAACCUCUGCCGCUGAUCUUCCAGGUGACUCCUCUGCUCUGGUCCCAGUGGAUCGUGGUGCUGAAGAUCUCCAUCCCCGUCAUCCUCCUGGACGAGGCGCUCAAAUACGUGUCCAGGAACCAUCUAGAAGGUGACGAGGAGAAGAAAUAUCGGAGGAGAUGGCAGCUGAACUAAGACCUCUCCCUCAACACUCACACUUAGAAACACGCCGACCCUCUUAGCCCCGCCCCCUGUCCCCGCCCCCCCACUCCUGCAUGUCCGUCCAACCAACCACCACUAGACGUGAGCAGGGCUUGCAUGAGGACGAGCGCGGUAGAAACGACAGCACGCUUGUUCCUGCGAGCACGGCUUCGUAUGAAUGUGUGAAUGUGUGAAUGAAAGCGGAUGCACGCAGGUGUUUUUAGACGCCAGAGCACGAAACAACCGCAGAAACGAAAGAGCACACCUGCACAGGCCUCUGCUGCUUUACCCAAACGUCUGUCUGCUCAUUGUGUUUUCCACUGUACAGAGGGAGUGGUGCAGGAACUGGAGGGGGGAGGGGGGAGGGGAGGGGACGGGGUUUGUCUAAAAUCAAUACAGAGGCAGAAAGACAGAUGGAGACGGAGAGGCGGCGCUAACACUGACGGAAGACGAGGGAAAAGGGGAAACGACGGUUGAAUGUUCACCUGGAGGUACCGCCCACACCCGAAGCCCUGCCUUAACAGCAGCACAAACAUACACUAUGUGGACAAAAGUAUGUGGACACAUUGGGUCCACAUACUUUUGUCCAUAUGCUGUAGAAACACUCAUAUUUCACUGAUUUAUUCAUUGUUGUUCAUUUUGUUGGUUAUU